AUGAGACAAACAGUGAAAGCAUUGAAACCAAUGAUUGAGGGAUUCAUUGAGACAAACGGCGAGUUAUCGCUGAAGAGGACACUCAAGAGUGGUCAGGCCUUCAGGUGGAGACUCACCAACGAUGGCACCGAUUGGGUCGGUGUUGUCCGCAACACACAUGUCGUCCAAUUGACACAACAACCCGAUGGCAAACACAUCCACUAUCGGGUCCUCAAUGGCCACGAAGACAAUGAUCACAAUCAAGAGAUCAAACCCACAGUCAAAGGCCGCAAGAGAUUGAAGACAUCCGACGAAAGCGAUGGCGAGAAUCCCAAAGACCAAUACUUUUACUCUCAACUCAUUAGCGAUUAUCUGAGACUUGACGUCAAUUUAACCGAUUUGUACGACAAGUGGUCUAAAAGUGAUGACAAGUUUGCGGCCAUCGCUGUCAACAUGAGUGGAGUCCGAGUUUUGCGGCAAAACUUUGCCGAAACUCUCUUCUCAUUCAUCUGUUCCUCAAAUAAUAAUAUCAAUCGAAUCGAGAAAAUGAUUGAAACUUUGUGUCAAAAGUAUGGAAAAGUUUUAUACGAAUCGCAUCCAGAAUUGGGAACAAUUCACUCCUUCCCAGAGAUCACACGUUUGGCCGAAGAGAGCGUUGAACCAGAGCUCAAGAAAUUGGGUUUCGGGUAUCGGUCGGCGUUUAUUCACAGAUCGGCCAAAACUAUAUGCGAUGAAUACAAGUGUCCGGAAAAGUGGUCACAAGAAUUGGCACAAAUGCCAUACUCUGAGGCCCGACAGGCACUGCAACGACUGCCCGGUGUUGGGCCUAAAGUUGCCGAUUGUAUAGCACUGAUGGCAUUGAAUCACUUGGAAUCGGUGCCGGUCGACGUCCAUGUCUUCAAAAUUGCUCAACACAUGUAUUUACCACAUCUCAAGAAGAAUAAGUCGUUGACACACAAGUCGUACCAAGAAAUUGGCGACUUUUUUCGGUCCAAAUUUGGUCCGAACGCCGGUUGGGCUCAAGCGGUGCUCUUCUGCGCUGAUCUCAAACAAUUCAAACAAUAAUUGUCUCGCAUUUGAUUCAAAACAAUCAUU